CUCGCGCCCCUGCAGCGCCCGCGAGUGAUAUCCUACCCGUGCCUCUGUGCCUCUGUGCACGCCGCGCCGCCACCCGCCGCCGAUUCUUCUGCCUGCUCCCGGCAUGUCGUGGUUCCUGCGCGGAGUCCAGAGCGCCAUCUUCCACUACGCCUCGUGUGCGCCGUGCACCGGCUACGCCGACGGCCGCAAGCGCACCAGAGAGGCCAAGCGCGCCCGCAAAGCCCGCGCGAAGCUGGUGCUCGAGGAGCCCGGCGCCUACCACCACCCCGAGCCCACCGGCACGAACCCGUACUGGCAAGAGGAGAUCGCAUUGGGGCCGGGGCCGCCGCCGCGCCGCGCGCGCAGGACGAACACCGGCAGCACGCGCUGCCCCAAGGCCGGCGCCCAGAGCGCCGUCGUCAGCCAGAACGGCAGCAGCCUGGACGGUGACCGCGCCAAGGACCUGCGUCUCAGCGACGACACCAUCGACGACGACACAUGGAAUCUGAAGCGCUACCAGCGGGAGGACGAGGACCUAUGGGGCCUGGACGAGGCCCCCAUCCCCGUGCAGCACACCACCUCCGGCUCGUCGUCGAGCGGCCUGGGCAGCGUGCUGGCCUACAAGAUGAGCCGCCCCGGCACCUCGCGCUCCGGCAGCUACUACUCGGCCCGCGCCCCGCCCGUCAACGACCUGCAUCCGCCCGUCGUCAGUCUGCCGUCGUCCGACGUCGCCGACAACCGCUGGAUGCUGCAGCCCCCGCCCAAAGCUAGCGUCAUGUCCGGCAAGGAGCGUGCAACUCACAGGAGCCGCAGCGGGAGCGGCGCAAGCAGCCGCGUGGAGCUGAGUCUGCAGAGACAGGUCAGCACACGGCAUCUGAUGCACCGCCUCGAGCGCGGCCAGACCCAGGAGCUGCCACCCAUGACCCCCCAGGGCUCGUAUACCGAUCUCGUCUCCAGCCAGCGCCGCAACCGGAGCAGAACCCCCCAGGCACGCCCACCCUCGGCCACCAGCUCCCGGAAGCGCCGUGACACCGGCACCACCCUGGACAGGACCAGCACCGCCGAGUCGCAAAAGUCCAUCCGGACGGCGCGCACUACACCAACGGCCUCUCGCACCGUGUCCGUCAGACAAAGCCGCCCCGCUCUCUCGACCGUCGUAUCCAGCGGCUCUGGCGCCAACGCCUCGCCCGAUGGCCUCCAGAGCACAGACGAGAACGCAGUCCCACAACGGCCCGAACAGGCCCACUACAGUGAGGCCACUCGAUCCUCCGAUUCCCUCCCCACUCCCCGCACGUUGCCCCGCCGCGAACGCGCACCGUUGGACUCGUCCGACGUCUCGUCGCUUAACUGCCUCCAAGACACCGUUUCAACCCGCGCGUUGCUCAAAUCGCGCUUUGUAUCUGCGCCGCUUGUCGAGGCAAAGAUCCGUCUACCGCCGUCCAAUGGCGAUUUGACAGCCAGUGCAAGAGAUGAGUGGAACAGAAACAAAGAGCCCGUGCGUGCCCCUUUCGACAGCCAGUGCAACGUGGAUCGCGACCCGACGCUGCGGUGGAGCGUGGAUUUCUAAACGAAUGCCCACGAGGACGACAUUCGAAUUGGCUACAACAG